AUGUCAACUGUUAUGGGUCAAGUGAAUAAAGAUCCACUCCGUUUGGUUAUUAUUCUGGCCAACGAUAAAAGCGAAAAAACUUACUGUUAUUUGAGAAAGCUGAGAGUGUUUGUGGAAUGGAUUGCAAAAAAGUUUGCUGAACUAUUUCUCUCAGCUCGCGAGGAUUUUGAGUUCCGUGGGUUUGAAGUAGUAACUUAUUCCUGUACUAUUGCUGAAUUUCGAAAACAACUUCUUUCAUUGGAACGUAACAAACCCGAUAUAUUCUUGAACGUUCUUGUUGGCAAGUUCUCUCAUUUCAUUUCAUCAAACAGAAACUUCCUGAACUACUUUCUGGUUCCCGAUAGAUUCAUAAAAAGUCUACCGGCUGAUUUGGAGAAUGAAGUUGAGUGGUCCAACAAAAUGAGGUGUAAUUUGAGUGAGCUGUUGUCUCAUUUGAUCCAUGAAAUUUGUCAUUCUCUUGGCGGUUUUCAUGCAGAAGAAGGAAUCAUGGGGAGACAUUUUGAUUUGCUCUCUGAUGAUGACACAAAAUUGGGUGAAAUCAAAUUCAUCAAGUUCAUAGACAAAAAGACAAUGACUAUCAUAUGCGAAAGUAUGUCAAUUAUCACUACUCUCCGUCCACAACGAAAUCUGACAUUUAAUGAAGGAGAGCUGACAUAUUACACAGAUCAAAGCAUCGCUGCUGUAUUCUUCGUAAACGAAAAUCGAUACACAAGCUCGUAUAAAGAAUUUACAUACUUGGACGCAAUGAAAACAUAUACUGAGAAAGUUCCGGAAACUUGGGAUGGAUUUGUUGUCAUUCAUUUCUGCGGCCAUAUUAUUUACUACUCAAAAGCGGAUGUGACAACUACCAGAAGAUGCACCAAGAAGAUGGAAUUCUGA